GGCUCAGAUGCUGUGUGACUGUGAGUGAGUGCAUCGGUGAGCCUCUGUAUUGUGUUUUGAGGAUUUGGGCUUAAAUAUUCAAAAUGGCGGACGGAGGAGCAGCGAGUCAAGAUGAGAGUUCAGGACCAGAUUCUAAAAUGAGUAAUCCAUCGGAAACAAGUAAAUGUGCAAUGGAGAGCGGGGAUGAAAACACUGGUGCCCAAACAAAUGGACUGGACUUUCACAGGCAGACUGUGCAAACAACAAACGCAAUCACCAACGCACACGCACAGGCCUUGCUCCAACAGUUGACUUUGACUCCGGCGCAGCAGCAGUUAUUGCUGCAGCAGGCUCAGGCUCAGCUCUUAGCAGCAGCGGUGCAGCAUUCAGCCGGCCAGCAGAGCAGCACUACAGGAGCCAGCAUCUCUGCCUCCGCUGCCACCCCCAUCACCCAGAUCCCCCUCUCUCAACCCAUCCAGAUCACACCUCAGUUACAGCAGCUGCAACAGCAGAGAACCUCAACCUGCAGCAGUUUGUGCUGGUCCAGCCGGUUUCAUCAUCUCGCAGACACCACAGGGUCAGCAGAGUCUCCUACAGGCCCAGAACCUUCUAACUCAACUACCUCAAAGCCAAGCCAACCUCCUGCAGACCCAGCCAAGCAUCACACUUGCCACACAGCCUGCUACACCACACGCACGAUAGCAGCGACCCCCAUCCAAUCCCUUCCUCACAGCCAGACGACACCAAAGCACAUCGACACACCCAGCCUGGAGGAGCCCAGCGACUUGGAGGAGCUAGAGCAGUUUGCCAAGACCUUCAAACAGAGACGCAUCAAACUGGGCUUCACGCAGGUCAUCACCGAAUGUGAAUUAUAUCCAUCUGAGACUCAGAAGGUGACUUUGUAA